CUUAUAUUGAUAUUUAUGCAUUCACAGUCAUUUCGAGCGACAAUGAAUAUUCCUCUCAGUGCUUCCCAGGCAGAUUACAUGGAUGAUCUUACUCAGAUGGAACAGAACUUGGCUCAAACCUACAAGGACAAUAUGACACUCGUCACUCAGUCACUUGAGCAAUACAAGAACGAAAUGGCAAUUUUUCAGAAGAAGUAUGACAUGUUGCGCGACGACUAUCAAUAUAAUUUGGAAGUAAUUAAGGAGCGAGAUGAGGAACUGAAGAAGUAUGAUACGUAUGUAGCGAACCUCAGAGAGAGAAUGAACCAGAUGAAGCGAAACGAAAAAGCAUAUGCGGAACAAAUCCAAACGCUCAAUCAACAAGUUGGGAACGCAUCUUCGCGCAUCACCGAACUCCAGUCAGCACUGAAUAAAUCGGAUUUAGCAGCAAAGCAAAAGGAAAGAGAGUACCAAUCCUCUCUGGCCGAGCUGCAGCAGCAACUCGAACUCUUACGCCGUCAGAACGAAACGAUUCGAUCCAACGUGGAUUUGGAAGUGCAGAAGCGGCUGCAAACUGAAACAGUCCAUCUACAAGAAGAGAUCCAUCGUCGUGAUCUUCGUCUUCGCGAAUCCGAGUCUCGCAUUCAGCAGCUCCAGUCGCAGUUUUCGCAAUCCCAGGCAGCGCGCGAGUCUGCUCUAUCCCAGUCACGCCAUCUCCAAAGCUUAAUCGAAGAACAGAAACGAUCCCAAGUGGCUCUGCAACAGCAACUGCAAGACAUGACAAUGCGAUGUCGAAGCGCGGAGCAGCAGUGCAAGUCCUAUCAGGACACAAUGGAGGGACUUCGAAGUCAGUUUCAGCAGCAGCAAGCUUCCUAUACGAAGCAGAUCAAUGAGUUGAUUGAGCAUCAGAAAGAAGAGAUGAAGAAGCAAGCGGAGGCAUAUGAGCAGCAGGCGAACGGGCUUCGUCAGCAAGUGGAUCUGGUGAAUCAGAGGGAGAAACAGCGCGUGGCUGCGAUCAAAGCGCGUGUAGGUUUGCAAGCCAGUGCUUUGAGUUAUAGAUGGCUCAUGCGCAGAACGAUUUGCGUACGUUGA